AUGCGAUUUGACAUCGCGACGAACGCGAUGCCGAAGUUCAAGGCCAAGGCCGAGGCGGCCGAGCACGACCCGGUCGACUGGGGGGUCGGGGCGCGAGCGAAGCACAAAGGGGAGGGUCGCGAGGCCAUCUACUUCUCGCCCGGCGGUCGCCUCUACGCGACGAUGCCCGCCGCCCUGAGGCGCAUGGACGAGGGCCCGAGGCUGCCCACGCGUUCGGAGCAGAUCAAGGCCGCCGGCGGCAUCAAGGCUCGGCUGGCGUUGUGCCUCUCGCGAGCGACGCUCCUGGCGCCGGACGAGGUCGCCUACCGGCGUCCGACGCCAUCGACGCGACUCACGCCAUCGACGCGACUCACGACUCACGCAGGCGAGUGCCAUCCAGCUCCUGCGCGACCGCUUCGCCGCCUACCCCGAGGUGCGGUCGUUCCUGGCGGCCUACGACGAGCCGCACCGCACGGUCCAAGACAAGGUCGCGGCCCUCCUGACGCCGACGCGGCACCACGUCAUCUCGCGCGCGCAGCAUGCUCGCGUCUGUUACGAUGGUGGGCUCGCCGCGCUCGGCUUCGGCGUGCUCAAGGCGCGACCCGCCGCGGGCAACGGCGCACCCAUCGUGGACGACGACGGCAACCAGCUCUACAUCGGUGGACGCGUGGCGUCCGUCCGUCGCACCGAUGAUUCGUAUGAGGGAGCCGUGUCGCCGCCGCGCCGAUUAUUCGUCGACGUGGCGGAGAAGCGCCGCAAACGAGCUCGGCCCACCUGA